GUCUAAUGCAUAUUUUAUGUUAAUACGAAAGAAUUGUAGAAGACUUUUUCAUUGGCAUAAACGUUUUUCCAACACUGCUUAUUUUCAUACAAAAUACACAAUCCAGUGACGAGCUACGUGCCCAUAACAAUUAUUAAUAAAAUUUUUUGCAAGGUUGGAUCUCAAUUUUGAUUGGAACGAGAAUUAAAGUGACAGUUGUGUGACAGGCGAAUUCCUUGUGAUGACAAAAUAUGUCUUAUUUUUUUGUUGUUUUUUUAUAACAGAUCGAAGAGAAUAAUUAAACAGUACAUUAAGUUACGUGUUUAAAGUAAACAUUUAAAAUCGGAAUCAUUCAAUGUAUUAAUGCCUUAGAAGUUCACAAAUGAAACGUGACACUUUUCAGCGCAAAGACUAUAAUGAUGUGUUUGAUACAAACUUUUUGGUAUUAUUUAUGAAUUAAUUACUGGCGAGAGAUAGAAGAUAGAAGAGUUAUUAAGUGAUUCCGUUGCUAAUAUUUUAAAUGAAACAUAUAGAACAUAGUUGAAACUGCAGCUGUUGUGAGCAUGACAUUUAAAUCGCAGCAGGACAAUGAUCUCCAACAUUACAAACAGUUGGGAAUCCUGCUUUUAUUGUCAAUGCGAAUCCUUCAAAUCAGUAACUGAGUUUGUAAUACAUUUACGAGAACGCCAUUGCACUCGAGAAGGCGGAUCAUAUGUGUGCCGCUAUGGUUUCAACGGUGUGUGUCCAUCGCUGCCAUUGGAUGGCGUAUCGGAUCGCGAUUAUGACGCACAUGUUGCAAAAUAUCACGUGAAUCAGCAUUCAAGGGAACUGGCACCAGAAUGGUCUGUUUUCUCAGCGGCGCAAAAUUUACCGGCUGUGCUGAACGAUCCAUCACGCGGCAAACAGAAUAAUUUAUUUACGAAAAAAUGGGGUGACAACUUUGUUGACAGAGUUGUAAUUAGUGAUUCACCAUAUUUGCCAGAAAUAACAGAUUCGGACUUCGAUAGAUAUAUAAACAAAAUAGGAAAACGUUAUCGAAGGCAUGAGCGCCUAAGUGCACAGCAGACAACUAUAUUAACGACAACAAAUGUAACAGGUUCUAAACGAGAGCCAAUCACACCAACAUCGCCUUUACACGACACUAGUCUUAAUGUUAUACCUGAAAUAUUUCUUAAAGAAAAUUUAAGUUUAAACCAUGCUCCAACAUUUGCACUCGUUUUUCCAAACAUUGGUUGUUCUACUAGUGAAAAGAACAAAGAAUCCGGACGCCUGUUGCAAGAACAACUAUCACAUUAUCUGGACAUUAUAGAAGUAAAAAUAGCACAUCAAGUUUCUCGUAAAUCGGCUGCCUUCUUUCACGCCAUGACGUCCCAAGACGCUAUUAUGGCACAAAUGCAAGAAGCGGCACGUCGGGUGCGAGAGUUACGUACUGCUUUGGAUAUUCUGCAAAAAACAAUUGUCAGGGAUUCACUUCAAGUUAUGCUAUAUGCACAGCGUAAGCAGAAUUACCAAGAAACUCUAGACAAAUUGCGAUUAAUGGCUACUGUGCACAAAACGCAACCUAUGUUACAGCUAUUAAUGGGCACACAGGACUAUGUGGCAGCUUUAGAUUUAAUAGGUACAACGCAAGAAAUUCUGACGCAAGAACUUGUGGGUAUUCACUGUUUUAAGCAUUUACCUAUGGAACUUAUCGAAAUGGAAAAAUUCAUAGAUAGCAUGCUAACCGCAGAGUUCGAACGUUAUGCCUCGGCCGAUCUUAAUCGGCCACUAAGUGAUGUUCUUAAGGAAACAGAUAGUGUAAAUACAGAGGAUGAUAAAUUAGUUUGCAUUGUAAUGGGACUGCUGCGUAAAAAGAACUUUCGCUUUGUAAAUACAUAUAAAGAUGAAGCAAUAGCUACUAUACGUGCCCUAAUUAAACAGUUUGUUAUUGAGGUGAUAGCCUCAAGCGACGCGGAGGUAUGUUUAACGGGCGCUGGCGAAGAAGCGCAGAGUUUUUCGAUUGCCGAAUGGAUAGCAUUGUUGAAGAAAGCGACAGUGGCACUUCUGACAGUACUGCAACGAAUAAAGGCUGUGACGAAUAUUAUGCAACAAACAGCAGAUGCAGCAGCUGCUCGUAGUGACUUAGCUGUCGGCAACUCGCAAAAGUCAACAGUUAAUUUAAUCGAUUCCGAAGCCUUUUUAACUUCUGUUGACCAUAUGGUGGUGCAAGAGAAGUUACAAGACUUACUUAUAGCCGUUUGUAAUUAUUGUCACGAUCGUUGUGCUACUAUGGUGAGUACACAAAGUUUGGAACGUGCAGUAGCUACAUUAGAUGAAAUUGAACAACUGAAGGAAAUAGUUACGGAAUUCGGUGAUGGCUGUGAGGAAAUCUGUGGAAGUUCGAGUGUUGCAUUAAAGGUGGCAGUCAAAGUACAAGCAUCACGUUUCGCUAAUCGAUUUCAUAGCGAAAAAAAGCAGAAACUCGCUUUUUUGCUGGAUUCCGAGCGUUGGCGGCAAGUUGAUAUACCAAACGAAUUCCAAAAAAUUAUAGAUCGUAUGUCUUCUUUCGAUUUUUCUGUAACGACAAAAACAGUUGAACAGUUUAUUACACCAAAUGGGCAAGGAAAUGAUGACAGCAAAUUGAAUAUUGCAACACAAAGUCUAGCAAAUCCAGUACUGCUUGUUGAGGGUAAGCCCUAUGCAUUAGUAGGUGCUGCAUUGCUGCUAGUUCAAAUGUUAAAUGAUUACUGCUGUUGUGCGUUGCGCUUGCCGUUAGUUUCUAGUUACUUAUCGGGCAAUGUCGUCGACUUAUUGCGCACAUUUAAUUCACGUUCAUGUCAGCUUAUAAUAGGUGCUGGAGCAAUGCGCGUUGCUGGGCUUAAAACAAUUACCAGCACAAAUUUAGCUCUAGUAUCUCGUUCUUUGCAACUUGUCCUAUGGUUGUUACCAAUUAUGAAAGAGCAUUUUUUAAAACUCGAUCCAUCUGCAACACAUGGCUAUGAAUCUAUAACGAAAGAUUUUCAAAGUCAUAUAAAAGAAAUUGAAAAUAAAAUAUGCAAUAUUGUAACUGAACGUAUUAGUGUACAGUUAGAACAGUGGGACGCAAGACCUCCGAUACCUUCGCAAUCAUUUCGCAAUAUUUCAAGACAUCUAGUUAAGCUGCAUGAAGCUAUAGCGCCUAUACUUCCUGAACAGCAAAUACAUACAAUAUAUGGUGUUGUGCAUCGCAAUUUUAAGGAUAGACUUAGAAAACAAUUACUUAAAGCGAACAUCAUCAACAACGGUGGACCACAGCAUGGUGUUGUAACAUCAGAACUUACAUUUUAUAUGGAGACAGUACGCACGCUAAAAGCUUUACCAUUGUACGACCUGAGUGAUAGUAUCCUUCAGAGUAUUUGGGAUUUCUAAAGUAAUGUUGCCAUAUGAAAACGCAACAAAUUUAACUAAGUGGAUAGGGGUUUAUAAUUUUGUAAAGUCGGUAGAUAUAUAUACUUUAUUGUGUUACUUUAUAUUGACAGUUAUUAAGCUUAAUCUUAAGCGAUUAGAUAUAAGCUUAUAUACGUUAACAUUUAAUGUGUUUUAUGUCAUUAAGUCAUUGAAUUUGUUUUUAUGUGCGCAUAAAUGAAAAAAUUAUCUGCUAUUGUAUAGUAGAAAAUAAAGCUGCUAAGUUUAGUCGCAAGGUCAUUGUGACAUUUUUAUUCAUGA